ACCAAACAAGUUUGUUGCCAAGAGCCACUAUAUAACCCUUGCUAAGAGAUUCGUGUCAUUUCUCUCACCUCACACACAAAGAGUGAUACUCUAUUCUCAGUAUCACCUGCGUCUUGUCCCUUUCCCUUGCAUUUCUUCCUGCAUAAAUUUUUCUUUUGCAGGGAGGAGGUACGUUAUAUGUAGGUUUUAAGGCAGUACAGGAUCAGAAACUACUCGAAGAGGAUGAGGAUUCACUAUGUGGGGAGGAUGAGAAUUUUGACUGGGACAGUGAUGAUGAGCUAGAAAUUGAAAAUUACAGAUUGUCUUCUUUUUCAAGUCUCAAACUUCCUGCUGCAGAAGCUACAGCAGGUGCAGCAGAGGUGACAAGAUUCCCUUCCGCAACUGUGCAGUAGCCAGAGCUGGAUCUCCUCUCAUCAAAGAGAUCCUAUCCAAUCUGCAUCUGUAAAAGCUUCAACUCGGAGGUGACCAUGUUUGGAGUAAAAAAGGUCUUUCCCUAGCACAGACUUUAGGUAUCUCAAGAUACGAAGUACAGUCUACAUAUGAGUCUCGCGAGAGUCGUGUAUGAAUUGGCUGACUAAGUUAACAGCAUAGAUUAUAUCCGAUCAAGUGUGUGAGAUAAAUCAACCUCUUUACCAACUUCUGGUAUCUUCUAAUAUCCACGACUCACCAGUUUCUACUUGCAUCUUGUGAUUACUUUCAAUGGGAGAUUUUGCUAGUUUACACCUCAAUAUACCAAUUCCUUUCAAAAAAUCCAGAAUGUACUUUUUUGGGAGAUGAUGAUUCUUUUUUCUGAUCUAGCCACUUCAAUACCUAGGAAAUAUUGUAACUUUUUUAGAUCUUUGAUUUCAAAUUCUUGAGCCAACAAUCAUUUUAGCUGGGCCAUUUUCUCUUUGUCAUCACCUAUCACCACUGUAUUAUCAACAUACACAAUAAGAAGGAAUAAGAAGGGUGGUCUUACCCUUGUGAUGUUUAAUAAACAGAGUGUGAUCAAUAUUGCUCUGUUGGUAACCAAAGAACAUCAUGGCUCGCUAAACUGGUCAAACUAAGCUAUGGGAGAUUGUGUUAGCCCAUAUAAAGCCUUUUUUAACUUGUACACCUUUCCUUGUGUCUUUUCAUCAGCGAAUAACUUUUAUAGUGUACUAUCCCAAUGAACACUUUUUGCUUUAAAUCUCCAUGGAAGAAAGCAUUUUUCAUAUCAAACUGCUAUAAGUCCCAGUCCAAGUUGGCUGCACAAGAUAAUAAGACUCUUAUUGAGUUUAUUUUUAUAAUUGGGGCAAAUGUCUCUUGAUAAUCCACUCUAUAGGUGGUUUGGGUGAAUCCUUUGGCAACCAAUCUAGUGUUAAACUGUUCAAUUGUGCCAUAAGCUUUGUGUUUCACUGUGAACACCCACUUACUUACAGCCAACAAGUUUCUUCUCAGGUGGGAGAGUGACAAGCUCUCAGGUCUCAUUUUUAGCCUGUGCUUUUAUCUCUUCAAUUAUUGCUCCCUUUCAUUUAAGAUCUGCAACAGCUUCCUUCCAAUCCUGUGGAAUAGACACAGAGAAAAUAGACAAAACAAAGGAUGUAUAGGAGGGAGACAAGGAUUCAUAAGAAACAAAGUUAGAAAUAGAGUCUUUAGUACAAUAUCUAACUCAUUUUCUUAGUGUAAUAGGUUUAUCUAAAUCAUUGGAGCAUUCAAGAGUUAUGGGUAACUCAUCAGAAGAAGAUUUUUGACUCUGAAUAGAUUGUAUAAUGGCUUCUUCUGCUUUGUCUCUCCUCGAAUACCUCCUCAAAUCUGACUUGUCCAAACAUCCAAUUCUCUUUUCCCGAUUGGACAUCUCCUCUUGUCUACUAGAACUAGAACUCGAACUCUUUAGCUGAAUCAUAUUAUUCAGAAUUACAUAAUUUGGGAUUACCUCUUUUUGCUCAUUAUUCUCCCCUUGAAGAGGUGAGUGGGUGGUACUGAAAUAUGUUCAGUUUCUCAGAAGAUAACAUCCAUACUGACAAAAUAUUUCUUAAAUGGAGGGUUAACACCUAUAUCUCUUCUGUGUAGGAGAAUACCCAACAAACACACAUUUAAGGGCCUUGGGGUCCAACUUUCCUGUCGUCCUAGAAUGGAUAAAACAAACAUAUCCAAAUACUUUUAGUGGAACAAUGUAUGAAUUCUUCCCUUGUAGAACCUCCAAAGGACUUAUAAAGUCAAGGGUCUUGAGGGGUAUUCUAUUGAUAAGAUAAGCAAAUAUAAGGACUGUAUCUCUCCAAUAUGCUUUGGGAAGGUUCAUAGUGAAUAUAAGAAAUUGAGCUACCUCCAAUAGAUACCUGUUUUAACUUUCAGCAGUGCCAUUUUGAGCAGUAGUAUAAGAAUAACUUUUAUAGUGUACUAUCCCAUUAUUCUCCAAAUAAGCAGAAAAUCUACUAUCCAUAUAUUCUCUUCUAUUGUCAGAUCUUAAAACUUUCACCUUAGUAUCAAAUUGAGUACAAAUCAUCUUAUGAAAGGAUUAAAAACAAGAAAGGAUAAGAGGUUCUAGUUUGCUUAACAUACUCACAAGUAUCGCAAAAUAAAGAACCAAACUGAGCUCUAGCAAAUAAACUAGGAUAAAGUUUUUCUAAGGCAAAAAAUGAUAGAUGCUCUAACCGCCUGUGCCACUGUAUUAUUUCCUGAUUGACAUCCUUAUUUUCUCUAAAACAGGCUUGAGAUAUCGGAAAAAACCGGAUCACCUUCCAACAUGUAUAAGCCAUUAUGCAGUCUACCAUUGCCAAUCCUCUUUUCUAUGAGAAGAUCCUGAAUAACACAAUGAUUAUGAAAGAGUUCAUUUUUAUAGUUAAGAGCAUGGUUUACAGAAAAAUUGAAAACAUGAAGGAUAGAUAAUUUAAUAUUGGAUGCAUAAAUAACAGAACAUGUUCCGGAUAUGGGAGUAAAAGAGCUAUCAAUAAUUUUGAUACUAUCUUAUCUUUUGUUAGAGAAGGAAAAUAAUUUAGAAAGCUUUUAGAAGAGCAUGUCAUGUGUUUAUUCGCAUCAGAAUCAAUAAUCCAUAAAACAGUAUCAAGAGAGGAAGCAUUACCUGACUUUAGAUGUGGCACCAGAGGAGGAAGAUGUGUCAAUAUGAGAAGCGCUUAAGACUCUGAAGGGCUCCUCCACAUAUUCUGCUAAAUUAGCUUGAGUUCUGGAGAUACCUCAUUUUUCCUCACGGCCUCCAGUGGGACGACCAUAUAAUUUUCAGCAAGUUUUCUUGGUCUGUCUCGAUUUUCUAUAAUAGUCACAAUGUAGGUGAUCUUUCUCAGAAUUAAGAGGUUGCAGUGUACUCAAACUAGUAGCUAACCUAGUGUAUUAUAGAGCAUAGUAUGUUAACGACUUUUAUCUUAUUGAACAUGGGCGUGGCUCUCUUCUAGAAAAGGAAAAGAAUUUUUCCCCAACACUUAGAUCCGAAUUGGAUUAUACUCGUUAUUCAACCUUGCAAGAAAAUCAUGGACUUGCUCCUUCUCAAUCAUUCUCCUUCGAGCAUAGUCUAUCUGGAAUUUCUGAUAGUAAUCAAGUUUCUGUCAUAAACCACAUAACACAAAAUAAAAUUGGAAGAUAGUCAUUUAUCUUUAUUUAGUACUAUGGAUCUUAUUCCGAAUAUCAUAAAUUUGGGCAUUAUUCCCAAUCUUGGAAUAAGUUAAGGGCAAAGCUUUCCAUAUCUUUGCAACAGUAUCAAUUAACAAAUAGGACUUAGAGAUAUGAGGUUGCAUAGAGUUAAGUAACCAUGUCAUAACAAGACAAUUAUUCGAGUCCCAUUGAGGAAAAUAUGGAUCAUUCUCAUCCGGUUGGCUUUUAUUAACAGUGACAUAGUUCUCCAGUCCUCUAGCCUUAAUAAAUAACAAACAAGACCUUGACCAAGCAAGAUAAUUGGUUUUAUCAAGUUAUACGGGACUAAUUUGCAAGGAAGGAUUAUCAGAGUUAGGAAUCGAGACCCUUUUACCUUCUUUCAUGGUAAAAACAAAUAAACCGUAAAAGAAUAGGAGGUACCUAAGGUUCUACAUACAAGAGAGCGUAAUCAAAUCACCAAAAGAUCAUGUAGUGGCACGGGAAGGCCAUAAAGACGGUCGAAAUCGGCUCUGGAGUGAUUGGAGCGGCGAAGCAGCAUUGAACAAUGUCUUACACGUGGGAUUUUCCGGCGUCGGAGCUAGGCGGUCGGGCCGGCGAUUCAUCUGGUGCCAACAGUGAGAGGUGGAAAGGUUCCUAGAUGGGGUAAUACUAAAAAGGCAAGCUUAUCAGUAGGUUCUUCUGCUUCCAAGUUGAUAGAUCAUUUUGUAGGGAUGGGAUUUCCUCAAAAAAUGGUCGUUGAAGUAAUAAAGGAAAAUGAUCAUGUAGUGGCACGGGAAGGCCAUAAAGACGGUCGAAAUCGGCUCUGGAGUGAUUGGAGCGGCGAAGCAGCAUUGAACAAUGUCUUACACGUGGGAUUUUCCGGCGUCGGAGCUAGGCGGUCGGGCCGGCGAUUCAUCUGGUGCCAACAGUGAGAGGUGGAAAGGUUCCUAGAUGGGGUAAUACUAAAAAGGUAGAUCUAGGGUUUUGAAUUCUAAAGAGGAAAAAUUAAAUUUAAAUCCUAAAAUUAGGAAAAAACGCUAAUACUAUGAAGAAUUUUAGAGAAUUUUAGAGUGUUUUUGUAUUUCAUCUUUACAAGUGAUUUAUAUGAAUAUUUAUAUAUAAAGAAUUAUAACUAAAUAAGAAACAAAUAAUUAAAUAAUAAUUACAGAGAUAAUUAAGGAUUCUAAUAAAAUCAAAUCAUAUCCCUAGAAUCAACAAAUAAGUCAACACAUUAAUUAAUGGAUGAAUAUUGUAAGAGUUAAUCUCAAUCCUCAUCUAUAAGUAAUUGACUAUGGUGGUUGUUCAUUUCUUAUUUAUUUAUUCUCCAUUUACACAAUCUAUUACUUUCUUGUGGUUAAUGUAUUGCUUAUGUAACUAUAUUGUCUGGAAUUUUGCUGUACUUCAUGCAUCUGCAUUUUCUUUCCCUGUAUGUUGAUAAAAACAUAGAUAUUUAUUAUUAACUAAAGGUUGUAAUCCUCUCUUUGACUCAAGGCAAGCUUAUCAGUAGGUUCUUCUGCUUCCAAGUUGAUAGAUCAUUUUGUAGGGAUGGGAUUUCCUCAAAAAAUGGUCGUUGAAGUAAUAAAGGAAAAUGGAGAGGAGAAUACUGAUUUGAUACUUGAAGCUCUUCUUAAAUGCUCGGCAAGAUCAUCUGCUAGCUCUUCUGGCUCCAAGUUGAUUGAUCACUUCACUGGGAUGGGAUUUGAUGCAGAGAUGGUCGCCAAGGCAAUACAGGAAAAUGGAGAGGGAAAUACAGAUACUAUUUUGGAAACUCUCCUCACAUACUCGGCUAUUGAAAAGUCUCCUGAAGAACAACAACCUAUGGACUCUGAUCACUUGUAUUCAGAAUAUGAUGGGUACUCUCUGGAUGAUUUUUCAGAUAUAGAUAGUUCUGAAAAUGAGGAAAUUGCAAAAUGCGAGCCUGAUGAAGGGAACCCUUUGAUUUUCUUAGCAAAGAUGGGCUACACAGUAGAGGAAGCUUCAAUAGCUGUGGAGAGAUGUGGACCAGAUGCCACAAUUGCAGAGCUAACAGAUUUCAUAUGUGCUGCUCAAAUGGCAAAGGCAGCUGAUGCUUCCUUUCCAGAAGAGAAGCCAAAGCUCAAGCAUUUUGAUGAUGAUUAUCCUAAAAACAAGAAGAGGAGUUAUUAUGAAUAUGAUAUGUGGAAAAGGAAACAGCAUUUGAAAUUGCGGAAGAGGAUGCUGCCUGGGGAUGAUGAGAUGCUUCGACUCCCAAAUCCAAUGAUUGGAUUUGGGUUCCCCACUGAACCAGCUGUUGUAACACAUAGAACACUUCCAGAAGCUGCUAUUGGACCUCCCUAUUUUUACUACGAGAAUGUAGCACUUGCUCCUAAAGGCGUUUGGAGCACUAUUUCACGGUUCUUAUAUGAUGUGGAACCAGAAUUUGUUGAUUCAAAAUAUUUCUGUGCUGCUGCAAGGAAAAGGGGUUAUGUUCACAAUCUUCCUAUCCAAAACAGAUUUCCCCUUCUUCCACUUCCUCCACACGCCAUACAUGAAGCGCUGCCAAUGACAAAGAAAUGGUGGCCUUCAUGGGACACAAGAACAAAACUAAAUUGCUUGCAGACUUGCGUUGGGAGUGCAAAACUGACAGAUAGGAUCCGCAAAGCCAUUGAGGGCUACGAAGGAGAUCCACCUUUAUCCAACCAGAAGUUUGUUCUUGAUGAAUGCCGUAGAUGGAAUCUAGUUUGGGUUGGCAGGAAUAAAGUUGCUCCGCUUGAACCAGAUGAAGUAGAAAUGCUUUUGGGUUUCCCAAGGAACCACACAAGGGGAGGUGGAAUAAGUAGGACUGAUAGAUAUAAAUCGCUCGGUAACUCAUUCCAGGUUGAUACUGUUGCCUACCAUCUGUCAGUUUUGAAAGACUUGUACCCUGGAGGAAUCAAUCUUCUUUCUCUUUUCUCUGGGAUUGGUGGGGCAGAAGUUGCACUUCACCGGCUGGGUAUUCGACUGAAGAAUGUUGUUUCAGUUGAGAUCUCAGAAGUAAACAGAAACAUUAUCAGAUCCUGGUGGGAGCAAACCGACCAGACAGGGAACUUGAUUGACAUUGUGGAUGUGCAACAGCUGAAUGCUGACCGGUUAGAGCAGUUGAUGAACUCAUUUGGCGGAUUCGAUCUUGUUGUUGGCGGGAGUCCGUGCAACAAUCUUACGGGUAGCAACCGAUUUCAUCGGGAUGGUCUAGAGGGUAAAGAAUCAUCUCUUUUCUUUGAUUUUUGUCGCAUUCUAGACUUGGUCAAGUGUAUAAUGACUAGAAAUUGAUGAAUUCAUGUAAUUAAAAUUUUUUGGAACAUAAUCUGAAUUGAAGUCCAAAGUGAAUAUUGAUAUAA